AUGUCAAGAAAACAGCUGAAGUUUUGCAUGGAACCUUCCCUAUUUGAGGAUUUAACAACCUCUGGUGAUGUGUGCAUGAGUUCGCCGGAUGUCUUCAUACCAAAGAGCCUCGAUUUCGACGAAGAAGAUUCAAAUGAUAGCGGCUUUGAAUCUAUGAGCAGCGACAAUGAGGUAUCUCCUCUGGCAUUGGAUCAUAAGACAAGGAAUGGUUUCCAUGGCACCAGGAGAUCGCUCUUCUCGGGCAAGAGAUCACGUGAAGAGGACGCUGAAGGUCACGCUGUUUGGCAGGUCAAGAAACUUCGAUCACCCAAAAUUUCCGACAAAGCCCAAGCUGAAGUGACGUCCAUUGUUAUGAAGACAGCCGUCGAUAAAAUGCAAAACGAUACAGGUCUUAUUGGCGAUGGCUCAAAGGUUCAUAGUCUCCCAACUAUACAAGGACGACACAAGGAUCUCAGUUCUGUGGCUCCACAAACAGUUAGUAAACUUCUGGCAGGAGACUACGAAGACAUCAUUUCCAGCUACAGGAUCAUCGACUGUCGUUACCCGUAUGAAUAUGAAGGGGGUCACAUUGAGGGAGCGGAGAACCUUCACAACGAGGCUCUGAUCACAGACUUAGUGACCAGUCUACAGGGGAGGGACUCCACUCAACGGAACAUCCUGGUCUUCCACUGUGAAUUUUCAUCAGAGAGAGGCCCAAAGCUAUUGCGCCAUCUGAGAAACCUUGACCGGAAGCUGAACAGUGACCGUUACCCUUUCCUCUUCUACCCGGAAGUGUACCUGUUAGAUGGCGGAUACAAGACCUUCUAUGAACAACAUGAGUGUCAGUGCGAACCAAGAUCCUACCUUCCCAUGCUGCAUCAAGAUUACUCCAAACAACUACGUCAGUUCCGGGUUCAAUCAAAGUCAUGGACAGCAGGACAGAAACAGAGCAUGCGCAGUCGGCGUUUCCAAAUGGAUGCGUCUCCACUCAAGUUAUCUUUAUGGUAA